CCACCCUGGUUGUAUCCGGUAUAAAAUGAACUCCAGGACGAUAACCACCAUGGCGGGCAUCUUCUCUAUCCUCAAUACCAUCCAGUUCAUCAUCUUUGAGCUGAACCAGAUGACACACAUUGGCUUCGAAGACAAAUACAGCCUCUACGUGGACACCGCUUACGAGGUCUCGUCGUGGGUGGUGGUCUACAGGCAUAAUAUCAGCACAGGGCUGUCUGUUACCACCAUCACCGUGAGCUGCUUCCUGCUCUUCUGCCUCGACAGGAACAUGUUCAUCGGACUGCUGAUCUACACCGUGUGGAUCGUCGCGUACGAGCUCCUCAGCUUCACGAUGGUCCUGCUCAUCCACGGUACCAUCAAGGAGCAGUUCAAAGAGCUGAGCCAGCUGUACCUGCUCUUGCAGAUCUCGCGCAUGCUCCUGCACUUCGCCUCCCUGCCCUUCGUUGUCAGGCAAGGCUUCAUGUUCUACAAGGACCCCAAGACCGUGAGCAUAGCCGGCCGCCGCAAGCGCUCCUCCAUCAGCACCGUGGACUCGUGGCCGCCUGUCGGGCUGGGGUCUCUGUACCGCAAAUCAAGCUGA